AAACAGAAGCGGAAUAGUGUUAAUAUUUUGAACGAUUACAAUUAGUGUCCACAUUAAUAUCAAGUCCAUUUCAAUGUAAAUAAUUAUCUGCAUUAAUUUACCACCAAAUCAUUGACCCUAAAAGCCCUAUACAUAUCUAUAUUUUGCCUACUUAAAGCGUAUACGAUGUAGUGUAUCAAAUUAGUAGCUGACCAUUUAGUUAGUUGUACGUGUUGCCACUGAUUGUUCUAAUUUCGAGGCUUAAUUUUUCCAAAGUCACUAAUAAUCAAGUGACCUCUAAGUAAACACUGCAUACUCAGUACAUUGUAAUAAAUAAGUAAGUAAGUAGUCUAUUUUACUGCUAACUUCGCCUUGAAAGUUCAGCUUACGUUAUCUAUGGCUCUACGCAUUCGUACUCACUCGCAUGUGUGUGUGUGUUGGUUGUUGUUGUUGCUACGGUAGUGGCUCAUUUGUUUUUGGCUGUCGUGGCGACUUCAAGGCCCUUUAUCAGCUGUCCGCGACCGUGCCGCUCGACAUGUUUCAGCGUCGGCGCCACCGCUUGACUUUAGUGUCUACAGUUUCGCACGCAAAGUUGAUGCGUCAGACGGCAUGUAUGGACGGACGGUCGCACGUAUGUAAGCGCUUACACAUGUAGCCACCAUGUAAUCUUACACUUAUUUACUCGUAUCACUCGUAGCACAAAAACAAAAGCAAAGCCAGCAAAUCAGGCGAGUAUUAUUGAGUUUAAAGAUUACACGAGGAAAAUACACCGAUAAUACACACAUACAGUUGUCAUAUGUGUGACAGCUAGAUACAUACAUUUGUGUGUACUCGGUUUGUAAGCGUACACACUCGUUCUUAUCAGCAGCUCAAGCCGACCGACCGCAAGUAUUUGUGUGACGCUGACGGCGAGGUCGUUAAAUCGCCGCUGCCAGCGCUGUUGAUACCGCGAUGUUGGUCAGAGAUCGAGCAACAGCUGUUCCAUAAAUGUGUUUUUGCUUUAGUUUGCUUCGCAUUUUACUGUUUGUUGGUCGCUCUGCGGUUUUCACAUCAUUUGUUGUUGUUUAUUUAUUGUAUUCGUUUCGUUGUUGUAAUACGCGAAAUUUUCCAUCAUAACGACCAAGUGUCCAGCCCAUUAAAGGGGAGCGAUCGUCAGCGCUGUGAGAAAUCAUCCAUUUUCGCUUUAUUUUGUUUUGGAAAUUUCCGAAAGAUUUCUGAGAAACAUACGCCGAGAAUUAUAACAAUUCAGUGGGAGAAACGCCAAUUAUGCUGUGAAAUAAACUAACAACAAGAACAAAGUAUGUAAACAAAACAACGAUAAAGACCACACAAAAAAAUUAAUAACAAAGGCAAAGAAAAAAGAAAAAAAAUCUGAGAUGUGAAAAGAAAAAUGCGCAACAAAGUAAACAUUCGUCAGAAAAUCAAACAAAAAUAAUGCGUAAAGUGAAAUAAUAACAAUAACAACGAAACACAUCGUAAAAGCGAAAAGCAACAAUUAUUGAACGAGCGUGCGAUUACCUGCGCACCAGCUUCACAAACCUUGUGAUCCUCUUACCGUCUACAAACUCUCUACAAGCCAACCAAGCAAUCUUGAACCAACUUGAUACACCACCUCUUGGCGAGGUGCUACAAAACCUUCGAAAUUAUGUUGAGAACGCCCACACACAUCGUGGAACUGAGUACGAAUACGACGAGUCCAUUGCUACAGAAGUUCCACGUCGGCGCGGGUCCCAACGGCGCUGUCACUGCGAACGGCUCCCCAGCCGUCGGAGUGAAGGCGAGCAGCUGUGCGGCAGCAGCAGCAGCGGCGGCGGCAACUGCGGUGCAAUAUCAACAACAACAACAACAGCAAAAGCAAACAUCUAACAAAUUCUUUAAUGAUCGCCAGCAGCAUCAAGAGCAACAGCAAAAACAAACCACUGGCUAUCGAUUUCAAACGAAGGGCAUGAAAAUCACCACAUCAUCAUCAUCAUCCUCGGCUGCGAAAGAGCACUUAGCGAGCGCAACAACAACAACCACAGUGGUGGCACAUACACCGAUUUCGGCCGCACGCAGCCUCUUGUCAUCGACACCGUUUAUUUCGUUUAAGCGUAUCAAAAAAUCGAAAACAACAACUACAACAACGACCAAUUCAACGAGUUCACGCUCGAAAACGAACGGUGUGAUCGCCACUGCUGUGGUGGAACACGUUUAUGCGCCCGCAACGGUCGCUGCAGCCACAGUGAACGGCCAACAGCAGUUCGAGCAGUCAGCUGACAGUAACAACUAUCAUUUCUGCUGCGGCAGUAAUCACAAUAACAACAACAAUAAUAAUAACUAUUUGAAGACGGAAUUCGCUGCGUUGUCGAGCAACAGCAACAACACAGGCACAUCGCUGGUGAAAUCCUCAUCGUCAUCAUCGACCGCCUCCUCGACGGCUUCGUCGAAUCACUCGGCCUUCUCUGCACCGCCGCUGUCCGCUUCGGCCUCGGCGGCUAGUGUUGGCAACGCGAGCAAUAUCAGCUGCAGCACACAGAGCACCGCGAUCUCCAGCACCAACUCGAACGCCUCCAGCGCUGCGUCCGUCACUUCGGUCGUUGCGAUGUCGCCAACCACACAGGCACCGACGCGCACAUCACUGUUCGAUUCGUGUCAUCGGAAGAUACGCCUCAUCGGCGGCGGUCCGGUCGCCUUUCUGGGCGGACUUGUAGCAAAAGCGCGUCGUAAAGAGCGCGAUGGCGAUCAAAAUUCAACAGAUACCAAAUUAUAUUUGGAGGAGAGCGUUUUAGAACGUAAGCUACCUGAAGCCGAUCUCAAAGCCUUAGUGGAUCUUCCAGCUGGCUUGGACUAUAAUGAAUGGCUGGCGUCACACACACUGGCUCUAUUCGAGCACGUGAACCUGGUUUAUGGAACUAUUAGUGAAUUUUGUACGCCCUCUGGUUGUCCCGAUAUGACUGGACCCGGCAACAGAACGUACUUAUGGUUCGAUGAGAAAGGCAAGAAGACGCGCGUCGCCGCUCCACAAUACAUCGACUAUGUGAUGACCUUCACGCAGAAGACAGUCAGCGACGAGUCGAUAUUCCCAACCAAAUAUGCCAACGAAUUUCCGAGUUCGUUCGAAUCGAUUGCCCGCAAAAUACUACGCUUGCAAUUUCAUGUGAUAGCUCAUCUCUAUGCGUCGCAUUUCCGAGAAAUCGCGCUACUGGGAUUGCACACCCACUUAAAUUUGACCUUUGCGCACUUGACCGCACUGCAUCGACGCUUCACACUGAUCGACGAAAAGGAGACGGACGUGCUGCGCGACCUGGAGGUGGCGCUACGCCUCACCGACGACGGCCAAAGUUCGCUCGCCUCGUCCACGAUCACAGCCACAACGGACGGUGGCAGCAGUAGCGGCGGUGGCGGCGGUGGAGGUGGCAGCAGCUGCACUACAACCGACAGCGGCAUAGCGAAUAGCAGCAGUAGCUGCAGCAGCGGUGGCGGCGGCGCGGCAGCACACGCUCACGCGCAGCAGCAGCAACAUGCGGGAGGAGCAGACGACGUCAAUUUACUGCAACAGCAGCAGUCAGCGGGCACAACGCUCAUCGAUGGCGACGCGGCAGCGCCGCCCAUUUGCACGCAGCCCGAGGCGCAGACGAAGCAGGCGAAUAAUGCGCACGCGUCCGCAGCAGCGGCGGUCUUUGGCGGCGGUGGUGGCCUUAUUGGUGGCAUACUGGGCGAUUUGAGUAGCGGUGAGUUCGGCGAGACGGCGACGCGCUAUUGCACCUCGGCCCUGCCGCAACACCAGCAACAACAGCAACAGCCGAACGCCGAGGUGGCGGUGAAUUGCAACAAUGGCGGCGCGGGCGCUUUGCACUUGAACUUCAACAAUAAUCACCAUCAUCAUCACCACCAUCACCAUCACCAGCAUGCGCAUGCGCACCAGCCGGCGGCGCACCAUCAUUUCACGCAGCAGCAGCAGCAACACCAGCAGCACAGCGGCCUCAUACAGUGCAAUGCGAGCAAUGCGCCGAAUGCGAACACCGUCAACGCCUCCGCCACGACAGCAACGAAUGCCAGCGCAACAGCAACAACAACAACAGCAUAGUUGGCAACACCGAACGCACGAAGUAGACAGUCGAAUUCGAAAGCUUGUUUUGAUGAGAACGUUGUUGUUGCCGCUUUAGAUGGAGGAGGAGGAGAAGGAGGAGGCGUUGCUGCAAGUGUUGAUUUGUAUGUUGUUAGUAGAUAUCCUAGUGUUGCUCGGACAGCCGUUAGUGCUAACGCAAGUGCUAUUGUUAAUGCCGCCGCUGGCGUCGCUGCCAACGCCAACACCACCAUCACCACCACCGCCGCCGUUGUUGCCGCACCCAUUGCCACAGCUGUUGCCCUUAGCGUAGGAGCCGACGUUGCCAGCGAUCGCCGGCAUGUUGUUGACGAUGCAGUUGGAGUAGUCGGUGUUGCAGUUGAAGUUGAAGUUGACAUAGAAGACAAAGCUAAAUAUAAAAACAAAGAUGAUAACGAUAACGAUGUUAGGUGAAGUGUUGCCGUUGCGGCCGCAAAGGAUGUAUGACGCUUAUUGCUUUAUAUUUACAAUAUAUAGAGUAGUGUUAACUAAAAAGUAAGAAUACAAAAAACAAAAACAAAAACAAACAAAUAUGAAUAAUUUAAACAAAAAGAGUAAAGAUGAGAAUAUUAAACAAAUAAACAAAAUAUAAAUAUAUAUAACAUAUGAAAAGAGAAAAAGAAAAAACAAAAAGAAAUGCAAAAUAGAAGAGAGAAGAAGAGAAGAGAACUAUAUUGAUUGAUUGUAAUUGUGUCUGUAUCUGGUGUUACACCAACAAACAAAAUACAAAUAAAACUUAAUUUAGCAAAAACAAAAACAGUUAUAAAACACUUAAAUGCAACUCACAAACAUAUUAGCAAACAAACAAAGAAACAGAAAGAAACAAAAGAAACCCAAGUAAUUAAAGUGUUAUAGCAUAAAGUGCUAAGAAAUAAGCUAGCAUUAUGACGCACUGUGCAAGCGAUAAUUGAAAUAAAAAAAAUUAAUAAAUAAAAUCUAACUAAUUGACAAAAUA